AUGUCACCAGUGUUUCCCAUGUUAACAGUUCUGAGCAUGUUUUACUAUAUGUGCCUUCGGCGCCGAGCUAGGACAGCGACGAGAGGAGAAAUGAACAGCCGGAGGGCUAUCGAAUCAAACACCCGCGCCUUACCUAUCAAUGUUGAAAUAGUUCAGUACGCCAAAGAGGUGUUGGAUUUCAGCUCGCACUAUGGUAGUGAAAACAGCAUGUCAUAUACCAUGUGGAAUUUAGCAGGUAUUCCGAACGUGUACCCGAGUUCUGGUGACUUUACUCAGACGGCCGUCUUUCGAACUUACGGCACCUGGUGGGAUCACUGCCCUAGCGCUCGGCUGCCCUUCAAGAGGACACCGUCCACCUUCUGUAGCCAGGACUACGUGGAACUUGCUUUUGAGGAACCAGUUUAUCCCACCGCUGUGCACAUUCUGGAAACGUAUCAUCCCGGAGCUGUAGUUAGGAUUUUGGCAUGCUCUGCAAAUCCUUACUCACAAAAUCCACCAGCUGAAGUAAGAUGGGAAGUCCUUUGGUCCGAAGCUCCUACAAAGGUGAAUGGUCCUCAGGCUCGGCAAUUCACGCCUUGUAUCAAACAGAUAAACUUUCCCACAAACUUAAUCCGGCUGGAAGUGAACAGCUCUCUUCUGGACUAUUACACUGAAUUGGAUGCAGUAGUACUACACGGUGUGAAAGAGAGACCUGUGCUUUCACUUAAGACUUCGAUGAUUGAUAUGAAUGAUAUUGAUGACGAUGAGGAUGAAGAGAAGUAUGGCUGUGGAAUGGACACCCUUAAUAAACAGUUCAGCAUUGUUACCCUCAGGGAAUGGCCGACUAACGGAUAUUUUGAUAAACUGCCUUACGAGCUCAUCCAGUUGAUUUUGAGUCACCUUACAGUACCAGACCUGUGUAGACUAGCGCAAACUUGUAAGCUACUAUAUCAACAUUGCUGUGAUCCUCUACAGUACAUUCAUCUCAGUUUACAACCUUACUGGGCAAGGAUUAAUGACACAUCUCUGGAAUACCUGCAGUCUCGCUGCACUCUCAUCCAGUGGCUGAAUUUAUCUUGGACUGGAAACAGGGGAGCCAUCUCUGUUUCUGGAUUUAGCAGGUUCUUGAAAGUUUGUGGCUCUGAACUAGUACGUCUUGAGUUGUCGUGUGGCCAUUUCCUCAAUGAAACAUGUUUGGAGGUCAUUACUGAAAUGUGUCCAAAUCUUCAGGAAUUAAAUCUCUCGUCAUGUGAUAAAAUACCACCUCAGGCUUUCAACCACAUAGCCAAAGUGGGCAGCCUAAAGCGUCUCAUUCUCUACCGAACAAAAGUGGAGCAAACAGCCCUGCUCAGCAUUCUGAACUUCUGCUCGGAGCUGCAGCACCUCAGCCUGGGCAGCUGCGUCAUGAUUGAAGACUAUGAUCUUGUAGCAAGCAUGAUGGGAGCAAAAUGCAAAAAGCUUCGCAGUCUGGAUUUGUGGAGAUGUAAAAACAUAACUGAAAGUGGAAUAGCGGAAUUGGCUUCAGGCUGCCAGCUUUUGGAGGAACUUGAUCUUGGCUGGUGCCCUACGUUACAGAGCAGUACAGGCUGUUUCACAAACCUUGCACGUAAACUCCCGAACUUGCAAAAGCUUUUUCUUACGGCCAACAGGUCUGUGUGUGACACAGACAUUGAGGAGCUUGCUGUUAACUGCACGCAUUUACGGCAGCUGGAUAUAUUGGGAACGAGGAUGGUAAGCCCUGCAUCUUUAAGAAAAUUGCUGGAGUCUUGCAAAGAUCUUUCUUUACUCGAUGUGUCCUUCUGUUCACAGAUUGAUAAUAGAGUUGUCCUAGAACUGAAUGCCAACUUUCCUAACGUGUUCAUAAAAAAGAGUUUCACCCAGUGACUGACUGCAUAUGCUGCUGUGGAAUUCAUUUGACAGAGUUGCUUCCUGUGAAUUUGUGCUGACUUUUUUUUUUUUAAGAAGAAUAUAAAUGCCCUGUGAAAUAGUGGAAAGUAUUACUUGUCUACACAACUGGGUAAAAUACAUUU